ACUACGACCGGACGUACAGCGGUAGUGUGAGUAGCGUGCGACGAGUGGCGGCGACGAGUACCGGGUACCGCGACGCACCGCGACGUCCGCCGCCCGUCUCGAUUGUCUCUGUGUGGCAUUCGAUUUGAGUCGAACAUAGAAUCAACAUCGUCGACAUCCUCGGUGAAAUCGGCGAACGACAGAGUGCGGAUCAAUGAUGGCGACGACGACGACGACGACCACGAGGUUGCGCGCCGUCAACACGUGCGGUGAAGAAACGUCGAGAACCGAGGAGGAGAGGGAGGAGAAGACGGCGACGACGACGUCCCCGACACCGCGAAACGGUUUAACGUUACGCGGCCCCGAGGUGGCCGGCAAGAUCAACGGUUACACUUCGACGAGUAACGGCCACGUACACUUUUCUCAUACUUCCAUAAAAUCGAAAUUACAAAAAUCACCGUCGAAAGAGUCUUUUGAAAAAGUUCCAUUAAUCACAUCGGCACUUACACAUCUGGGUUUCUAUAUUCUUAUGUUCCUGGGAUUUAUCAAUCAAUUAUUCUUUGUUCCGAAGGUUGCUACCGAAAAGAAUAGGCAGGGAUAUGCGCCGCUCUAUGACAAUUUUGAGAAAUUUUAUCUUAGAUACGUGUACAGAAGAGUGAGAGAUUGUUGGAAUAGGCCGAUAUGUUCUGUGCCCGGUGCAAUGGUAACAUUAAAGGAUCGAGUCACUAAUGAUUACGGAUGGACGUUUCAAUUUACUGGAACUGAAACGCAAUGUAUAAACUUGGGCUCUUACAAUUAUUUAGGGUUCGCCGAGGCGAGUGGUAAGUGCGCUGAGGAAAGCAUCGAAACGCUUAAGAAGUUCGGCUGUGCAACUUGCAGUACACGUCUUGAAUUAGGGACUAUGCCGAUACAUGAUGAAUUAGAAAAAUUGACUGCGAAAUUUCUGGGAGUCGAAGACGCUAUAGUAUUUGGAAUGGGAUUCGCAACGAAUUCUUUAAAUCUGCCCUCUUUGGUCAACGAAGGUUGUUUGGUUCUUAGUGAUGAAAAAAAUCACGCAUCACUUAUACUUGGCCUGAGGCUAUCUGGUGCUGUGAUACAGAUCUUCAAACAUAACAAUGUGAAACACUUGGAGGAAUGUUUGAAAAAGGCCAUUGUUUUUGGACAGCCGAAAACUAGCGAACCUUGGAAAAAGAUACUUAUCAUUGUCGAAGGCAUUUACUCUAUGGAGGGCUCAAUCGUUCAUUUGCCUGAAAUAUUAGAAUUAAAAAAAAAAUAUAAAGCCUAUCUUUACGUGGACGAAGCGCAUAGUACAGGUGCUAUGGGAAAGCGUGGAAGAGGAGUUUGCGAUUAUUACGGCAUUGAUCCGCGUGACAUUGAUAUACUCAUGGGAACGUUCACGAAAAGUUUUGCUUCGACGGGUGGAUAUAUAGCUGGAACGAAGGCAUUGAUAAAUCAUAUAAGAAUACAUAGUCACGCGCAUACGUACGCGGCAUCGAUGUCCCCGCCAGUUACGCAACAAAUUAUCACAUCGAUGCGAAUUAUUAUGGGAGAAGAUGGCACCGAUGCCGGUGAAAAACGUAUCAAACAAUUAGCUAGGAAUACAAGAUAUUUUAGACGCAGAUUAAAUCAAAUCGGAGUUAUAAUCUAUGGAAAUGAGGAUUCGCCCGUUGUGCCUAUGCUAGUUUACCUGUAUUCUAAGAUUGCUGCAGUGAUCCGUACUCUGACGACAUGUAAUAUUGCAACCGUCGGUGUUGGUUUUCCGGCAACGCCAUUGAUGCAAGGUAGAAUUAGAUUUUGUCUCUCUGCUGCACACACAAAGGAACAGCUCGAUUAUGUAUUGUCCCAUAUUGAAAAAAUUGCGGAUUCAUUAGGAUUAAGAUAUUCGAAAAAACCUCGUGUUACGACGAAAAUAGAAUAUUAUUCCGACAAUGAAACGGAAUGACCUACCUCAUAAAAUAAUAAAUCGUUCAGCAAUUUAUUUCUGCAGAGAAUAAACUGAAAUAACCAAGAGCUUUAAAUGCCACAAAAUAAAUGUAGAUACAAUGCAUUCGUUCAUAUAUUAAAUAAGAAGACUAUUACAAUUAUUACAACAAAAGCUCGUGCUUUUAUAAUGAUUCGAAAAAAUGCAAAUGUAUUGGUAUUUAUAGUGAUUCAUACGCUUGUAGCACAAUGAUAAUUGAUAUGUGUUAAACAAACAAACAAACUCGAUAUCAUCAAAUGCCUAUGUUAACAAAUUAUAUUGUACAUAUUGUUAACUUUAUUGUAUGUAACUUUUCACAGUAUUCACAUACAUAGUUAAAGAAACAUUCAACUCUAAGGUCACGUUAAACAAAGAUUAAUAUAAAUAUCGCGAAUAGCAAAGCUCAUAUACCAAAUUUUCUUUGUUUAAAUUAACAUUCGUUCAUCACACUUAUAUUAUGCUAUACAAAAAAAUCGAUAGACAAGAACGUCUACAAAUCUGAAUAUGUUAUGAAUAAAUCCACGCACUCUGUACUCUUUAUUAAAGCUAACUUUGAUUAUUCAUGUUUUUAUAUUAGUGGAAAACUGUCUAAAACGCAGUUGCUUCCAAUUAUUUAAAAAAAUAAUGCUUUUGUACAAAAUCAAUUUUUGUGCAUAUUUGUUACAUUCCAACUUAGAUCAGUUUCAUAGUUGCUGUAGAAUAAUAAUUCUUGUUAACGUAACAUUGAUCGAUUGGAUGUAACUAAAACAAUCUCUAAGGCACCAAUGUUACUUUGGCUUUAGGCAUUAGAGUAUAAGUUAAUCAAUGAUUAAAUUAAUACUUAUUGACAAAAGUUUUAAGUCUCGCUUAUAACCAAAAUAACAUUGGUACAACUAGGCCUAAGAAAACUGAUUACUAUUAUAGGUUUCAAUAUUCGUUAAAACUAAUAAGCAGACUUUUUAGUCUUAUAUUUAAAUGUCACAUAUCAAUACUAUUUUUAUCGCUAAGUGAAUGUUAAUGUUUGUCUUCAAAAUAACCUUUUAAAAUUUCGUACUUGACAUAUUUUUUUUUAUAAUAAGAAUUUUUUAUGUAUAAAUUUUAAAUGAGAGAUAAUACGUAAUAUUGAUGAUAAACAAUACAACAAUAAAAAUAUCUCAAAUCAUUUCAUUGAGUCGCUUUCAAACUUCAUUUUUAUUUUAUUAAAUGUACUGCCACCAUUAUGAUCUCUUAGUAUUUAUGAAAAUACAUGAUGACAUAAAUCAAAUGAUAUUAGAAUGUAACAUGAGAAUUUGCAUAAAAAAAUUAAUCAUGUUUGAAUAUGAUUGUAAAAAAAAAUAAUUGGAUAUAUAUAGAGAAACAGUAGGCACAUGUAAUGAACCAUAACAGUUUUAAUUCUUACAUAAAUAUUCAAUACAAAAUAUAUCAAAUUUAUAUGUCUUAUUAUUAGAUCUUGGACGCAAAUUCAAAUGAUUUGUGUGAAAUUAUUUGAAUAAUUUAAAAUAAAAAUGAAAAGGUUUGAAUUCACAUUUUGAACAAAAAUAAAAUUGAAUUAUUUGAUUUAGUAUCGAAAGAUGCGAUUGUUUGAAUAAACAUCAAGAAAAAUUUGAGCUAAAAUAGUAUUCACUGCAAAUAGGAAAACUAGAUUUAUUUGUUUCUCAUCAUUAUAUUGCCUAAUUCCACUUUGCUAUGUUACACAUAAAUUUAGGAUCAUAAAAUGUUCAGUUCAAGGUUACAGCACAAUUUAAUAUUAAAGCUUAAAAUUCAAACUAUUCAAUUGUCGGAAAAUACCAAGCGCUAAUUAUUACCAUAUCAAAUUAUACAAAUAAAAAAAGCAUAACUGUGUAUAUUAAUUCCUAAACUUGAGUAAAAAGAAAUUUUGUAUUUACAUGUGCAGAAUUAUUUUAGAUCUUUCAUAAUUAAAAGUAGAAUUAAAUUUUGACAUAUAUCAUUAAAUACAUAAAACAAACUAUCUAAAAAUAUCUUGUUAAAUAAAAGUAGUAAAAGUCUUUAUAUAAUAUUUAAGUGCUUACACACAUAUAUUAAAGAAAUAUCUGUAUUUAAAAAAAAAAUUAAUAGAUUCGAUUCUAUUAUUAUUAUUUAUAUUAUCAGCUAAUUAGUCUCUGAUAAUUCGAAAUAUUACUAUUAAAUAUUACUACUAAGCUUUUUAAAAACAUUCCAUCACUAUUUGCAAAUACAGAGAUAAUGCAUAUAAGUCUAGUAUAAUAUCUUCAUGAUUUAUAUAUAUAAAAUUUUUCCAAUUUCGAUAUGUAUUUAUAUAGCUAGUUUAAAUUAAAAGUUAAAGAUAAUUGAGAUAUAGUCUAAAGUACAACUAGUUAAUUAAAAAUAUGAAAAUCCAAAAUAAAAAAACGGAGACCAUAAAUGUUGUAAUUAUUCUUAAAACGCUUCAGUUAUGCUAUUUUCACGUUUUUAAUUAAAUAAUUUUACAUGUUAUGUAUUAAAUAUAUCCACUACUUGUUACUGAAUGAGGCUGUUCAUUGGCACAAACUGCAUUAUGUCAAUCACAUAUCAAUUUUAUAUAUAUAUCUUUUAUUACACAAAAAUAUAUUAUCUAAUAAUAAUAAAAGAUUCUUGACAAUCCAAUAAAUUCAAAAUUCUGCAGAUAUAAACCAAUGUGUCUAAUAGUUGUGCACUUAACGCGAAAUAUAUUAUUCUAACUUUAUGUUAAGUGCCACAUUUAAUACAAGAAUUCUGAAUUUUGUGUAAUAUAGUUCUCAUUCAGUAUAAUUGUAUUAAUUUUAAUAGCAUAAUUUAUGUACAUUUUUAAUCUUAAAUCGCUAUAUGAUGUAAUGAUAACUUAUAAUUGCAGAUGCAUUUUAAUACACUUCUACAAAACAGCUGUUCCUACCUUCACAAAAUGGACAGUUAUUAUCUAUUCUUGUCAGAUAGCUUUUCGCAAUUUUCAUCAGGGUUGGGAACAUUAGUCUAUAAAAGUAACGCGUUACCGUUAUUCGUUACUGAUUUUAAAAAGUAACGCGUUACCGUUACCGUUAAAAAAGUAAUUCGUUAUUUUCUAUGGUCACAGUUAGGACAGAAAAAUAUAUCUCUCUUUGUCGAUCCUUCUUGUGUACGCCAUGGCUUUUCCAUUAGUAUAAGCUUUAUGCUUUCAGCGCUUUUAUAUCGAAAUAAUUUUAUCUAAUCAAGAAUAAUGCGCGUGAUCAGCGCGCAAUUUAUUGAAUAAAUAUAAGAUAAAGAAAACCAAAAAGUAAUGAUAAAAGUAACGACUAAUUCGUUACCGUUACCGU